GAACCGGUGAGUUUGCCAGGAAGUGAAUUAAGACACGUCCUAGUACAAGAGCAUUAGCAUGAACUACAGAUGGAGAACCGUGGUUUUAUUUUGAAGUUUGUAACCAAACCGGUAGUCCGUGUUCUUUGUUCUCGUAAUUAGCUCGGUAACCCUUCCCCAGGACAUUUGCUGGUUGGGUACCUGUCAGUUAGCUUUGACUGGAAGCUGACUUUAUCCAAGCGCAAAAACAAAACGUCCAUUUGUUUACAACACGAUAUCCGUUGAUGCUAACAAGGAGGGUUAGCUUACGGUCUAAUAGACAAACUCAAGCUAACGUCACUGAAGGUUUGAAGAGUGAACCCACUCUGAAAAGUUAAGCAAGUUUGUCAAGCAAUGGCGUUAACAGUGUGGAGCUGAAGUAUUGGUCAACUCAACCUAUUUUCUUGUUACGAGCCGGCGCUAACUUGCUUUUUAAGAAUAUUUGAAGGUAAUGUUGAGUUACUGAAAGCAACCUUGGCAGCUCCAACGGUUGCCAGGUUAAACCAGGUUAAACCAGAGACAUGUAGAUGAGAAGCCUGACUUCUAAAUACUGUAAUUUACUUUAGAGCAUUGUCAGUAAUGUAAGGUGGGUCACCCAUGGUGAACUGCUCCAACACACCCACAGGUGUGUCUAUGGCCUGAGGACGUUAUUUUGCCUUGGUCUGAAUCAUUGUGAACAGGUAUUACAACUUCACAACUGAACUGGAGGUACAUGCAUUCUUUACUAUUAAGCUCACAGAGCUGCAUGGCCAACUUCAUGUGAGGAGCUCAGAACUGAGUGUGAUUUAAAUUAAACUCCUACAAGCUCCGUGCGAAAGCAUGACAGCUGUGGUAAGCAGAGCAUGGGGGUGGGUGCGAUCAUGGGGCAGUAGUGCUGUGUCAGAGAAUACCACUACAGUGAUGGCCAAGGGCCAGAAAGAGGAUUUCAGUGGACAGGGUCUCAGAGAGUGGACCUCUUGGAUCUGGGGAGGGCGGAGAAGUCAUAGUGACCAAAGUAGUCCCGUAGAGGAGUACUGGGAGGCGCAGGAGAAGCUUCAGCCCGUGGAAAUUGAAGUCUUUGGCGCAAGGCAACAGGAGACAGUGGCAAGCUCGAACCAAGCUCCAAGAUGGUGGAAUAAAUAUCUCCCAACUUCUUACCUUUCAUGGCCAAGAAAAAAUGAACCAAGCGGAUUAAGACGAAAGAAACGUGAUGGUUGGAGUGGAGGUACGUGGGACUGUGAUAUUGAUGGGGACUUUUCUGAUUAUGGAACGCCUCCUCCGUCUCCUACGCCUCCUUCCUUUAAGCUGACAUCUCCUUUUCGACUUUUUGCUAACAGCUGGAAGGUGGAAAUCCUACCAGAGCACUAUGAUAUCUGUUUCAACUUCCUCCGCCACUUGUUUGAUCUGUUUGUCGUUGGCUUCCUGUGGACAGUGUCCCCCCCUGCCAAGCUGAUCCUGGAGGUGUUUGGGGUCCAGGGAGCUCUGAGGCUGUGGUUCCAUGGUAUGGCCAUGUUUUUUGUCUCUUCAGUUGGAAUGGCAGGAUUACUCUGGUUGAUUCAGGAGUAUCUCCCUCAGUUUGCCUUAAUCUAUGGCAUCAUCCAGGCAUUGGUGAUCUCUGUCAGUGUUCGACAGAGCGUGAUCCUCGGCGUAGAUGAAGAAAAAGAAGAAGAUGAGGAGGAGGGCAAGGAGACCGAAGAAAAGAAAGACAGUAUUGAACAUAAAGAAAACCUUAUGGACAAGGUGAAGACAAGUUAAAUUUAAGACGCUGAGAAGUUACUGUCUAUUCAGGAGUCCACCAACAUCAGUCCAGCUGUAUCGGAGCUCCUCCAGCAGGACGACGGACUGUUUCACUGACUUAAGAAUUGUAUUGCACAUUCAUUAAAUUCAUACAAGUUUUUCUCAUAUUACUUACUCCGUUUAACACUAAUGACCUGCAUUUUAUAGAUGUUGUCCUCACUUGAUCUUAAUCUUGUCACCAGAAUGUGGACGUUAAGUCAAGAAAGAGAAAGAUGCACCAUAUUUAGGGAAUGCUACAUUUAUUCUGCUAACAUUUUAUUUCCUGUCUUGUGAGACUUUUAACUGGUUUGGGACCAGGAGAUUGCCUUUGUUUCAUUCUGGGUGACAAGAAAUGCACAAAUUUGAACCCCAAACAACCAAAACCUAAAUUCUGACGGACCAUAAUAGCUUGAAUUUGGGUUUGUCUUUUGUCACCAUUACACGUCUCAUCUGCUAAUAUUCAUCCCAUCUUUAAUUUAAUUCAACUAAAGCUUGCGAGAUAGACACAUUCAAUCAUGCGCUUCUUGUGCCAUCUCUAGCCGGCUCCAAUAGACUCGCUUUGACUUUGCCAUCGUCCUUUUGUUCAAUGUUAACCUGCAAGUUCACACGGAUGACCACUAGAAACACUGCACUGUAUUUGGUGGUUAUUAAAGUUGUGUACAAUAUUACACUCCUGUACUACAAACUGUAAUAUUGCUUUGUUUACAGUCUGUGAUCAUUCUGCUUAAUAUUUAUUUAUUACCAGACCUGUGACGUCACACAUCCCUUUUCACGGUACAUUUUGUUGAACUGAAGGCUAAAAUCCAAAUUCAGUCAAUGGAUGAGCAAGUAGUCAUUUUACUGUUCUAAAGCCAUAACAUCUCCUUUUGUCUCUUCAAAAAAAAAAAAGGUUGAGACCGAAAACUAAUGGAAUGUAAUGGUGUUGUUUCUUGGAACGAGCAUCUAACAGCAGUGAGGGUGAGCAUGUAUUACGUAACAUUGAGAUUCCUUGAACGUGACACUGUCGUUGCUGUGGGAGGAAUCUGUUUGGAGAUCUUUAAGUGGCACAUUAUACCAGCAGCACAUUUAAUGAUGUGUCCUAAUGUCAUUUUCUGUGCCAUGAUGUUGCUUGUUUCAAACUUUACUUCUCCCCACAAGUAUGUGGAUUUUUCUUUUUUGACUUUUAUUACAUGCCAUGCUUUAGAUUUAAAGGUGCAACAAUGAAAAGACCAAACAUCUCAUUUGGUUUUGGUGCACGAUAAGCAUGUCUUGCACACAACACUGUUGUACUUUACCAUAUUUGACUUGCAUUACACAUUCUCUCUAUAGCAUGUGUCUACCAUUUAUUCAGAAAGACAUGGACAUGUUUACUUACCUGUAUCACAGCCUGUGAGAUGUGGAAGCCUGUGCCUGACAAUAUUGAAAUGAAAUAAUUGAAUCCAUUUGUUUGCACAUGAUGUAUGUCGAAAUUAGAAUACAGAUGUCAAAAUAGCAUUUUCAUGAAAAAGCAGAACUACUGCCAAAAUGAUGAAAAGAAAACUUGAAUGAAAGUCAUUUUUCAGUAUUCAGUAUACUCCAAAGCAUAACACUGCCAUAAUGACAUGAUCUAGUCUCUUUCAUUUUCCAAUUGGCAAUGUGCAACAUAAACGUUCAAAUGAAAUUGCAAUCUUGACUUUUGAAUUUUGAGCCGAAACAAUCGAUCGACAGAAAAUGUAUCUUGAAUAUUUUUGAUAUUGUCAUUUCAACAUUUUCUCAGCUGUCCGUUGCUGCAUUGUUCGUGUGGCAGUACAAAUCAUUUGAAGAUGAAACGCUGAUGGUAUUUUUCUGUAUUUCUUUACAUAUAGACCAAACAAUUCAUUGAGAUAAUAAUUGGCUGAAUAAUGAAAGUAAGAGUUGCAGCCCUUUAUUAAUUUUAAUUAUAUUGUAAAUGGUAUCUUUGUUGCCAAUUUAAGAAUAGUUUGCUAGAUUUAUAAAAGAGGCCUGUCCUGUUAUUUCACUAGUAACAAGCUAAAAACAGGUCAUUCAAAAAAGUCCAUUUCACUUUGAUUGUUUUUAUGGCGGCGUUAUGCAAAGACUACUGAAAAUUAGUAGCACUCUAGUUUUUAUUUUCAUUUUCAUUUCGGCAGUAUUGAUUUAUUUUUAAACAAUAAAAUUGGAUUUUUUAAUUAUAAUUUAAAUGUUUCAAUUUGUGCACACAAAUAGAAAAUGACAUUUAACGAAUGUUUAUUCAUUUGAGUUCCCAGAAGGUGACUGUGUUGCCUUUUGUUCACUUUAGCUUAUUGUACUGAUAAUAACGCCGAUAAUUCCUCGUAAGAAAGCUAUUUUUAUACGAACAGGAGAGACACCUAACAAGUGCUGGAUCGCUGUAGCUGAAGGAACUCUGUCCUGCUUCCUUAAAUAAGGAGGAAGGAACUCACUGAUACCCAUGGUGCCAUUUUAACUUGGAAGAAAGAAAGGAAGGAAGUAUCUGCUGUGAACUAUUACUAACUGUACAUCUAAUUUGUAGACACUUUGAACCCAACGCUACACUGAGUUGUGAUGCUCCCACUGGCUCAAUAAAUAUUCUCUUAUAUUA